AUGAAGUUCUAUCCGAAAGCCCGUCAGCAGCGACUGAGCAUCAACCAUCCAUCGGUUCGGCCACUUCGGUUGGCCGUGCUUAAAGCUGCCGGUAUCAAUCUUCUUCUUCUACAAAUCCUUUUUCUCGGCCUUUUCUGUUACAUUUUUGGAUCUCUUUUCCAGCAAACAACGCGCAUCGACCACAUCAAUAUUCUUUUUGUCGACUAUGAUGGAGGCGCAAUAGGGUCAGCUGUUCGCAGUGCCUAUGAGAACCUCAAAAGCUCGGGAUUUCCAACUUUAAUCGAGCGGUCAACUGAUGCCUACCCUAAUUCUGGCCUCACGGUCGAUGCUGUUUGCGAUAUCAAAUACUGGGCAGCCUUAUACACCUCAUCCAAUGCAUCCGAACAUCUAAUAUCUGCACUUGCGGGUGGCUCAGCUGCGUCAUCAUACAAUACGAGCGAUGUCCUCACGAUGGUUUGGAAUGAAGCGCGAUAUUCAACCGUCGUUGACUCCGCUGUUUCCCUAAGUUUGACCGAACUAGCUGAAACUGCACGUGUUGCCUACAUGGAGGCGGGUGGAAAACAGUUGAUUCAAUCGCUGAAUACUUCUGACUCGUCAGCUAUCUCUAUAUUCUCUGAUCCCUGGACCUUGAGUUCAAUCGAUCUACAGCCAACAACCCAGGGAUCUAGAUUGAUCUACAAUACACUGGUUAUCAUCUUGAUUCUGAUUCAGGAAUUCUUUUUCCUUGGAACCAUCAAUGGUCUUUACCAGCAGUUUCAACUUUACACAGCUGUCUCGCCCCAUCGAAUCGUCGUUGUGCGUCAGAUGAUGUCUGUUUUGUACACCUUCAUCGGGUCUCUAUGUACUGCAGGUGGUAUCUGGGCAUUCCGACAUGGCUGGGCGGUCAAUGGGAACCAAUUCGUGCUCACCUGGAUGGUCCUCUGGCUUUUCGCACACCUGAACUUCCUCACCCUCGACGUCUUCACUAUUUGGCUCCCUCCUCCAUAUGUACCCAUGGCGCUCAUAGCAUGGGUCGUACUCAACGUCACCUCGAUUCUACUCCCAUUCGAAUUAUCACCCGGGUUUUACCAAGUCGGAUAUGCGCUACCAGCCCAUAGUGUUUUCCAGGUUUUGAUCGAUAUUUGGUCUGGGGGGUGUAAUCCGCAGCUAAAUUAUGCCCUACCGGUGAUGUUCGCUGUCGAGAUCAUUAGUCUCGUUCUUAGCUCUAUCGGGGUGUAUCGACGCGCUCAUUAUGCGAUUAUCAAGAAGGAGAUGGACGAAAAGUCUUGUCAAGAUCGCGUCGAGGCUGCGAUCAAUGAACGGCUGGAUCGCCUACCAGAAAUGGAAGAGGCAGGGCAAGAGGAUUUGGAAAGCGAAAUCUCAGAGAAUGGGUUGGAAGAGCCGAAUACAUUACAAAGACGUGCAACUGUGGCAACUCUUGAGGAUCAAGAAGAGAUUGCGAAUAUCAUUCGACGAGAGCUCUCACGUCCUGAGAGGACCCUCACCAGUCGUGAGAACACGGGGCCAUCAUUUUCUUUGCCGUUUAAAAUUUGA